UUUUACUCUGAACCAUCAGGUGAUUCCCCCAAAGGAAUGGAAGCCGCGAACAUGCUAUGAUGAUAUUGAUGACCUGGUCAUCCCAGCUCCAAUUCAGCAGGUCGUGACUGGACAAUCUGGCCUCUUCACACAGUACAACAUCCAGAAGAAGGCUAUGACUGUCCGGGAAUUUAGAAGAAUUGCAAAUAGUGACAAGUACUGCACACCCCGAUAUACUGACUUUGAGGAUCUUGAGCGGAAAUACUGGAAGAACCUCACUUUCAAUGCCCCUAUCUAUGGUGCUGAUGUUAAUGGCACACUCUAUGAGAAGCAUGUACAUGAAUGGAACAUUGGCAAGUUGAACACAAUCCUGGACGUUGUGGAGAAUGAAAGUGGCAUAACCAUCGAGGGAGUGAACACCCCCUACCUCUACUUUGGCAUGUGGAAAACCUCCUUUGCCUGGCACACGGAGGACAUGGACCUCUAUAGUAUUAACUACUUGCACUUUGGAGAGCCCAAGUCAUGGUAUUCCGUCCCUCCAGAGCAUGGGAAGCGCCUGGAACGGCUUGCCAAAGGCUUCUUUCCAGGAAGUGCCCAGAGCUGUGAAGCUUUUCUUCGUCACAAGAUGACCCUAAUUUCUCCAUCGAUAUUGAAGAAAUAUGGAAUCCCAUUUGACAAGGUGACGCAGGAAGCUGGAGAAUUCAUGAUAACAUUCCCCUAUGGUUACCACGCUGGCUUUAAUCAUGGGUUUAACUGUGCUGAAUCGACCAACUUUGCUACUCUUCGGUGGAUUGAAUAUGGAAAGCAGUCUGUGUUAUGCUCCUGUCGGAAGGACAUGGUAAAGAUCUCUAUGGAUGUUUUUGUGAGGAAGUACCAGCCAGAUCGCUACAAGCUCUGGAAAGCUGGGAAAGACGUGGUUCCCAUCGACCACACUCUUCCGACACCGGAGGCAGCAGAGUUCUUCAAGGGAGAGCUCCUCCAGAAAGUCAAGAACGGGAAGCCGAGCACUGAGGAGCCGGAGACUGGGGAGGCAUGUCAAGAGGGUGUGGACGUGGAUGAGAAGAAGAGUCUGCCCAAGCACCGCAUAGGAGCCAAGAGGCACAGGGUCUGCCUGGAGGUGCCCCACGAGGUGAGUCAGAGCGAGGCCUUCCCUAAGGAGGAACUGAGCCCUGUGCAGUAUGAGGUGGAAGUGGCAGCACCUCCCGUCAGACCGGCGAGCGAGCGUGUGCAGCAGGGCGAGGACGGACUCCCCGGUUCAGAUGAGGUGGAUUCUUCAGAAGUCAAAUUUGAAGAACUGAAACCUGUGAAGCUGGAGGAAGAGGAGGAAGACGAGCAAGAGGUGGCUGUGCUGGACCUUUCCGUUCCUCAUUCUGUCAGUUCCACCUCAGCCCUCGCGGUGUCUAUGCAGAACCCAGUGUUCAGCCUGCAGCCCAGCUCUCCCGCGUACUCUGCUUCUUCCGACUCCGAGUCCGCUGAACUGCUGCCCCGACGAACUCUUGGCCAGGCCGGGGUUCUUACCGUCCAUAGCUAUGCGAGAGGAGAUGCCGCUGGGCCUGGCGGUGACCAUGCUUCGGGGAAGAAAGCCAGUGUGAACGAGCAGGAGCUUGCGGAGGUGGCGAAGGAGUACAUGAGGUCAGUGAAAGAGAGUAAAAAGUCAAAGGGUCGGCGCCAGCCCUUGAGCAAACUUCCUCGUCAUCAUCCUCUGGUGGUUAAAGACUACAUCAGUGAUGAUGAGAUGUCGGAGCAACUAACCCCUGAAGAAGAGGCGGAGGAGACCGAGGCUUGGGCCAAACCACUUAGCCAGCUGUGGCAGAAUCGUCCUCCGAACUUUGAGGCAGAAAAAGAAUAUAACGAAAGCAUGGCUCAGCAGCCCCCUUACUGUGCGGUGUGCAUGCUCUUCCAGACGUACCAGGCAGAAUGCGGAGGCCAUGGUCAGAGCGCUGCAGUUGCUCCGAGUGCUGCCACCAGGAAGGUCCGAACCAAACCUCUGAUUCCUGAGAUGUGCUUCACUGCGACCGGCUGCAGUACAGACCUCAACCUCUCAACCCCUUACCUGGAGGAAGAUGGAACCAGCGUUCUCAUCACCUGCAAAACCUGCAGCGUCUGUGUCCAUGCAAGCUGUUACGGUGUGUCCCCGGAGAAGGCCACUGAGGAUUGGACGUGCUCCAGGUGUACAGCCAAUGCUUUAGAAGAGGACUGCUGCCUGUGUUCGUUGCGAGGCGGCGCGCUGCAGAGAGCCAAUGAUGACAAGUGGGUCCAUGUGAUGUGUGCGGUAGCUGUACUGGAAGCAAAGUUUGUGAACAUUGCAGAGCGCAGUCCAGUGGAUGUUGGCAAAAUCCCCCUGCAGCGCUUCCGACUGAAAUGCGUCUUCUGCAAGAAGCGGAGGAAGAGAAUCGCAGGCUGCUGCGUGCAGUGCUCGCAUGGCCGCUGCCCCACAUCCUUCCACGUCAGCUGUGCUCAGGCGGCCGGAGUCAUGAUGCAGCCCGACGACUGGCCGUUCGUCGUCUUCAUUACCUGCUUUAGGCACAAGAUCCCAUCCCAGGCCGAGCGAGCCAAAGCCGCUCUGCAGGACCUGUCGGCUGGGCAGAUGGUCAUCAGCAAGCACAAGAAUGGCCGUUUCUAUCAGUGCGAAGUCGUCAGCCUUACAAAGGAAACCUUCUAUGAAGUCAACUUUGAUGAUGGCUCCUUCAGCGACAACCUGUAUCCAGAGGACAUUGUGAGUCGAGACUGUCUUCAGCUGGGUCCUCCUGCUGCAGGAGAAGUCGUGCAGGUCAGAUGGACGGAUGGACAGGUCUACGGAGCCAAAUUUGUGGCAUCACAUGCCAUCCAGAUGUACCAGGUGGAGUUCGAAGACGGGUCGCAGCUGAUGGCCAAGCGAGAUGACGUGUACACCCUGGAGGAGGAGCUUCCCAAGAGAGUCAAGUCGAGGCUGUCAGUCGCGUCCGACAUGCGCUUCACCGAGAUCUUCACGGAGAAGGAGGUCCGGCAGGAGCGGAAGAGACAGCGAGUGAUCAACUCGCGCUACCGGGAGGAUUACAUCGAGCCGGCGCUGUACCGGGCCAUCAUGGAGUAAGUGCUGCCUCUGGUGGGCAAGGAGCGAUGCAGCCUCCCACGGAUCCUCACACUCCAGCGCAAGGGAGGCCAACCUUGGACAUUGCAAAUCCGCGUGGGCUUAAGGGACGCUACCGCACUGCCCACCCUGCAGGCGCAGAGAGGGGCUGGGGCGGCGGCGCCAUUCGCAGUGCAGCAGUGGACGCCUGCUUGCAGGCUCCUCGCCUGAGGCUGCCAGGACGGCACCAGGGAAGCAGUCAGACUCUCCCGUCGUCUCCGCGGCACCGAGACCAAGUGGAGGAACUCCAGCCGCGAAUCUUGGCAGCUGCCGGAGGUUCGAGUGUGUCGUUUUUGUCAAAUAAUGUUCCCGAUUCCGCUCUCCAGUGGCCACACCUGCCCGAGCAGGCAGUAUUCCUGGUGCUUGACAUUGAACCUUUUAUAUUUAUGUCUGUGUUUUGUCUGGAGCGUCAGGUUCUUGGUUCUCAGCGUCUCUCCCCAAGGGCGGAGCCUCAGGCUGCAGCGCCCAGUGGAUUGGGGGCGUCUGCGUGAAGACGAACUGUGAAAAUCAAACCCUGUCGGACAAGCUAACUAACCUCCGUUUAGGGUUUGUUCUGAUUUGACAUUGAGACGUCUGUGCUAACUGCAAUGGUCGGCUACGUAUUCAUAGGAAUGUGCUUGGGUCUCUGGCAGUGCAGCCCUCCAACAAGAACAUUCAUCCAGCCCCCAAAGAGCACGCGUCACUAAGGCAAUAAAGACCAAAGGGUCCUCGUGGCGAGCCAGGCACCGCAGGGAGGCUGUGCCUGCAGCAAUCAGCGCCUCGCCUUGGCAGCGACCUCGGCGAAUUAGAUGGGAGUCAGGGUGCCAGUGGCAGAUGCCCCGAGCUGUGCUUGUUGCUGAAAGGGGUGCGGUGCCACUCGGACGCAGGCGUGCUGUCGAAUUCUGCCAGGCGCGUGUAAAUCGUGUGCCGAGCGUUCCCUGCAACAGUGGGAAGUCGCUGUAGGAGCCAGGCAUUGCGCGUACCCGGAGAGGUGCUGACAGGCUGCUAGCAAAGCAUUAACAGGUGUGUAAGCGGGCACGGCUCUCCUGCCCUCUGGGAAAGGGCUUGGAGGCGGCGGCUGGCUGCCUUGCCCGUGCGACGUGGGUAGCUUCCCUUUGCGAGAGAACGGUUCAGAUCUGCUCAGUUACUUUCUUUAACUCUCCCCGGCAUAGGUCCGUCUCUACAGUAAAGGGACCUUGUGUGAACAAGACCCCGAUUUACAGCAGUUUCCUCUUUGUUAUAUGAAAAUACUCUAAACCAAAAUGACUUUGAAAUCUGGGGCAUCAGCUUGUGAUUAGCAAUAAAACGUAGUGUUGUGCGGUGCCUCUGACUCUUGAUCAGAACAGAGAUAAAGGACGAGCUGUUCUGAAAACCAGCCCUCGGUUCACACCAGCACUCAGGGUGCAGAUGUGACUAGGAACCACGCGCUGUCUAGUGCUCAGGGUUGCCCUUCCCGCGUGUGAGAGCAGCUCUUGGAAAUCCGUGUGUGGGCAGGCGCCAGGCCUUCGCUUUGUGCAUUUUCCCAAUAACUUAACUCCUCACAGUCGGUUUCAGAGGUUACUGAAUCAUUCUGCUGAGCUCUGCCAUGUAACCCUGAGCCGCUGUAAAACUCCUACUAGCUGCAGAUGUGCAGGGCUAUCAAAUGAGACCGUUGGAGCGGGAAGUAGGCGGCUCCUUCCGAUGCCGUGUCCGUGGCUGAGAGAAGCCAGGCCUGCCAGCUUCCUUCUCGAUCUGCUGUCUAGUCGUUGAAGGUGCGUGAGACCCGCUCUUCGUUCUCUCAAGACGUCGGAUGGGUGGUCUUGUCGGCUGGCUGCACUGUUCUGGGAACCGCCGUCCUCCUUGCUUCGUUGAUUGGAUAAGGGAAGCUUUUCCCAUUUCUGUUGGCUGCACUGAGCCCUAGCGAGCUGUUACCCUCCUUUCCGGUUGGUUUAUACCUGGCUUCCUUUGCAGUGGCGUGGGCUGGCACAGUCCGAAUCCCUCACGUUUCACACGCCUGGGAGGCCGUGUAAUUUUGUGACCCGAGUAAACCCGUACGUGUGUAGACUGGAAGUGAGUAGGCACGUCCUGGAAUGUGCUUCAAGGGGGAAAAAUGGCCUCUCCCGAUAGCCGCCGUCCAAUAUUUAACUUGGGUCCUUACGCUGCCCUGCCAUUGCGCUGACAGUCUGGGGGCAGGCACCAUCCUCGCCCCUGGAAUCCUUCCAGUCUCUGGGCAGGAGCCAUUCACAUGUGGGUUGGGCAGCCCCUCUUGGAACCUAGUUACAAUAGGACGCUACUCCCAGGACCGUUCAAAACGCCCAGGCUGGCGCUGACCUGCCCCCUAAGGGAGCUCUGGCUGAGCACCAUUCAAGCUGCCCCCCUCGUGCAGAGCCUGGCUUGAGCUCACUCUGGCAAGCUCUAGAACGGGGCUGGCGGGAUGAAAUCCAGCCGUGGCUGGCAGACCAGGUUUCCUUUUUCAGCCCUGGGAAGUAAGCGUCCUGUUUUGCUAAGUGUAUUGUGGGUCCCUUCUUGCGUCCAGACGUCUUGAACGCCUGCCCCCAGCAGAGCCUUCACGCAGGCAAGGAAAGUAGUUUCAAUGGCACCCGUCCCCAUGUCCUUCCCAGCGUCUGACUGGGACCGGGCUGGGACCGGGGGUAGAUGAGUUCUGUGCUGUGGGAUGAGGUGGGCACCCUUCUCUGGCCCCCCAGCCUGAGGCUCGCAUGGAUGCGUUUCCAUGGCUCACUCGGGCUCCUGCUGGCUGGCCUGUCCGCGGCGGUGCCUCUGCUUUGGUUUUUUAACGAAGAGCCUCUCCAGCAGCCUCUGUAUUGUUUUUAAUUUGAUCUAGUAAUAAACAUAAUUAACUUCCAAA